AUGGAAGACUCACCCGUGCCAAUCGAGCAGCGAGCGCGGCUCGUCGAACUCGAGGCACGGCAGCAGCAGCUGAAGCGACUGUGCGAAGAGGCGUUAAAGGAGGACGACGAGCACCAGCACAUUUUCCAGCAGCUGGAGGAACGCAACAUGGCCUCGUCCACCGUCGGGUCCCUUUACGGGGCAGGUAGCGCUUCCGGUGGCGGGGCCGCCACCCAGCAAGGCCGCACCGCAGCCACGACGAACGACGACUUUAUGGACGACUUGCUGACGGGCGAGGUGCGCUCGUUGCGGGACCCGAACAGCAUCACCCGGGCCUCCUCGACAGGCAGUGUCGUGGGUGCAAGGGGCGGCAGCGGUUCGUAUCCGCGAAACGCCUCCCUGGAUCGUCCGGCAACGACGCGUCUUGACAGCGCCUAUCGUCCACCGACGUACCCAACAACAGCGGCAGACACCACCGCUACCGCUGCCCCGACAGCGGGAGUGAUGCCCCCACCGCCCCCGCCACGCGCCACGCUGUACAGCACGACUCGCCAGCCGAGGGCAGACCCACGCGAACCCACCCGAACUUCCCUCAGCCGCAUCCCCUCUCCCUCUCAGCCUUCUACCACGACAGUGAUUCCUCCUUCGUGGAGACGAAGCGACGGUGGUGCGGAGCCUGUUCGGCCCACCCUUAGCAGCGCACAGGGCGGGCUCAAAGGAACAGCUGCGGCGAUGCGGCCCUCGAGGUACUCCGCACCGGUGCCUUCCUCGGCGCCUCUUCUCACGUCUCCCGCCGCUGCACCGCCGCCGCCACCACCAGAGCGCAGUCGCAGCCCCAGUCACAGUGUGCCAAUGGCGGAUCGUUACCAGCGCAGCGGCAGCUAUUACCACACCCACACGAUGCCGCCGCCUCCACCGCCGCCGUCGUCAACGUCGUAUUCAGGCAACUAUGAACGCUCACCGCGAUCUCGCAUGGGACUGCCAUCGCCAGCCGCAGGGGUUCCGCUUUCGCGUGCCUCACCGCCUCCUCCGCCAGCACCAACGACGUCCUCCACUUUGGUUUCUCCAGAUGAGGUGACAGACAAUCUGCCGCCGCCGCCGCCUCGUCCACGCAGUCUUUACACCACACCGGAAAACCGCCCGAGCGCUGCCGCCAAUUACCGCAGCGCACCUCUCUCACUCAGCAAAGGCCCGCCACCGCCGCCGCCGCCGUCGCCGCCCGGUGCAUCGAGGAAACAUGGCAAUGGCGAGUCCUCUUUUGUAUCUGCCACCUCCACGGAUCACGACCUCGCCCGUUGGAGACGUCAGCUCGGCCGCAACGAGACGAACGUGCAGCGCAGCGGCAGCGCCUACCCCUCCCCCACUUACACUCCCCCUCGCGCCGCGCCGGCCGCUGCGGCCUCGGAAAGACGGCUGAGCGACCCCAACGCCCGCAAGGGCAGCUGGGCGAAGAUGCAGAGUUUGGUGGCCACGUCGCAGCGCGGAAUCGACCGACGCCCUGACGCUGCCGCAGCGAGGGGCGUCGACAAAGGGCCACACACCCAGGGCUCUCCCCCACUACCACCACCGCCGCCUCCGCCGCCACCGCCAUCGUCGUCUUCCUGGUCCAAGGCGGUUGGGAUGCCUCCGCCUUCUCGCCAGGACGACGCCGACUACCCAUCAAACCGCUGGGAGACGGUGUCGCUGACUCCGAGCCUGCGGAGGGAGGAGGAGUCGCGGCUGCACCACUUCUUCGCCACCGACGAGAAGGUGUCCCCGCGCACCCUCGCGGACUACACGGGCACCGCCAAUCGCCCCAGCCAUUCCACAUGGAGAUCCUCCGCCGGAGGCUACGGUGCACGCCAGCAGCGGCCGUCGCAGCGACAUGCGUCGCCGUUGAAUGACAGGACCGCGACGGUGCUGCAUUACGACUCCAGCGUCACCGAUGAAAGCUACGCGUCCAGCACGGCGGGCGAAGACGUGCCUCCUCCGCCGCCAACGCCGCCACUGCAGCCUUUUGUAGCAAAGGAAUUCACUCCUCGCGGCGCUGCUGCUGCUGCUGCUGCUGUACCGAUGACGAGGAAAAAAGCCUCCCACCCGUACGGCGAUCAAACCACGGCGUUUUCAAAGCCACCUGUGCCACCCGUCGCGGGCAGCGCCGCCUCCGUCACGCCGCUCUUCACCUCCCUGUACCCCCGGCAACAACGGAGCAGCUCCGCUCGUCCCGACAGCGGUCGCAACUCGGUCUGGGAGAAUGAUACGCCGCCGCCGCCACAGCAGCACGCACCGACAGAUCUCAGCGGGGAGGCCGGUGGAGCCGCUGCGCAGCCCGCAUUCGUCGCAGGCGGCAGCGAGUUCUUCGACAUGGGUCCCGAGAAGGAAGCUCUUCUCACUCUCUUGCGCAAAAGCACGCGUGCCGGCGCGGCGGACACAGCCGCACAAAGGCCGCUGCAACCUGGGGUACGAAGCGAGGAGUCCCCUUCGAUUGCACGCCCUGACGCAUCAGCCGGUGUCUAUGCCAACACGCCUCGCGAGAACCCUUUCCCGGCGAUGGAGCGUGAUGCCGACGCGGACAAGCCGCUGCGAGACGUGCACACGGCGCAAAGCCCCACUCCUCAAAAAUUUGUUUUCCCACCUUUCCCCACGGACGGCAGCACCCGACGCGCACCGAGCGCGAAGGGGAAGCGACCGUCACCGCCGCUUUGUGCAGAGGAUAUCGCGUCACCGCAGCUGCAGCGGCAGUGCGAGGAGGCGCAGGCAAAAGCCGAGGCGCUCGCCCGGCACCUUGUGAAGGCGAUCACGGACCGCAAGAUGCUACAGGGCAACGUGGAGGAGUUGGAGGAGCUGGUGGAGGAGUGCAAUGCCGAGGUGGGCCGGCUGCAGAAGAUCGUAGAGGAGCAGCAUCAAGACUCGUCCACGUCGUUUGGCGUCCAGGCCGCGCUGCGGGCGAAGGAGCGCGAGGUGGCUGUUUACGAAGACGAGAUUCGUCGACUGAAUGGCGUGCUGGAAGACCACCUCACCCGCACCUCCGCCACGAAGCAGUAUGUGCAGAACGGACUGAGUCAGACCCUCGUCGCGAAAGAGGCGGAGGCGGAGGCGGCCAUGGCAGAGGUCGGCAUGGCGCAUGUCGCGCAGCGCGACGCAGAGGAGCGUGCCAGCCAGCUCGCAAACGAACUCGAAACGGCCGUCGAGCAAAUCCAGUUCCUGGACGAGCGCCUCGCCGAGAUGGAGCGGGCGGCGGCGGCGGCGCAGUUUGAGAAGGUCAACGCUCACCUCCAUCGCAGCAGCACCGGCAGCGACCCGCUCAUGACAAACGACGACCGCGCGCCUCACCCACCUGCCGGAACGCCCCUGUCCGUUCCCUCCGCGGCGGAGACGCAGUAUUGGCCGGUGGAGGCGCGGCGUGCGCUGGCUCAGCUAGUGGCGCAGGCGCAGGGGAUUUUGCAGCAAAAUGCCGAGGGCGAGCGUCAUGCUGCGAUGCGGCAGCAGCACAUCGAGCACAUGUGCAAUGAACUCCAGCAGCACCUGCACCAGCGUGAGGCGGAGGUGGAGCGAGCGGAGGAAGCGUGCCAGCAGCUGCGGCAGGAAAAGAAUGCGCUGCAGGCCUGCGGAGAGCAGUGGUACCAGCAGCUGCGAGACGUGAAGGAGGAUGCGCAGCUCGUGUCGGAGAUCAUGCGCACCGCCCGCGGCGACGCCGAGGAUGUGUAUCUUGCCUCGCGCCUCGCGCAGGAGCGAGUGGCGGAGCAGCAAGCCGCCGCCGCCGCCGCCAGCCCCUUCGGCCCGGCUGCCGCGUUAACGCCAUCGUCGUCCUCCGCAGUGGACGCCACCACGUUGCGGAAGUGUGCGCAGUUUGCCCAGCAAGUCAUGAGCGACUUUCACGCCAUGGCCCGCUUCUUGUCCAGUCUGCGCAAGAUGGACAUUGGGGACCGCAACGGGUAUUUGAUUCUGCAGAGCAUCGCGAAGGGCCGCAGCCCGGCGGAAGGGCUCUUCAUCACCGCCGACGACGCCGCCACGCCGAAUCGCAUGAUCGAACACCUGCCUGCGGACGCCGCAUCGGAGGCGAAACGACGGGUGCAGAAGAAGAAGGCCCGUGUGCUGCAGGCCGUAGAGCGUGCGCUGAAGCUGGAGAAGGAGCCGAACGGUGCAUUGAAACUGCACGGCGGCCUGGACCAGAGUCGCACCACAUCGUCUUCGGCAGGUGUGCAGCUGCCUGUGGCGAUUCCGCUGGGGCUGCCGCCGCGUGCAGAGGUCGAGCGCGCGUCCACGGUGAUGGAGGUCGUCACCGCAGACAUCACACCCGAGCCGGCACCAGUAGCCCCUGCUGUCCCCGCUGAGGUGGAAUCCGCAGAGGAACCAGACUCCUUCGUGGACGAAGUGGCCGACGAACUCGAGUCGGAGCCGGAGGUGGAGGUUGUGACAGCGGCGAUGCAGCCCCCACGACUCGGCAGCUACAGCUACCGCGGCGGCAGCAGCGGCAUGGUGCACAGCGAUCUGCGCCGCCAGCCGGCCGACGUGGGGCUUUCCGCCUCCCACAACUCCUCACAGGCGACACCGCUGAUGUCGGGUGGUCAGCCGUCGGCGCCGCGACCCACCAUGGUUGCUGGUCCUAGUGCCACUGCGGCCGUGAGCCAGGGGAACGAGCCGCCACCGCCGUCAACGCUGCCUGUCUCGCAGAGCUCGCCGAUCCCCCGCGCCGUUAACGGCGGGCCGAUCUGCAGUGCGCUGUACAUGGGCGAUGACGCAGAGCCCCCGAGCCCGUCCACCGCCCGUCCAUCUUCUGCGCAGCCAACCGUAGCUAGCAGCGCGACGACAGCGACGAACAACCCUACCACCACGACUGCCGCUCCCCCUACGCCGCCGCCGCCUUCUGUGUCGCGCCCGCUGCGUCUCUCCACGACGCCCUCACAACCGCAGUCGGCGGUCAAGGAAGCGCGCGAGACGAGCAACGCGGCGCAGCGCUCCAUCGUCGACGUCGCAGCGGAGGACACCGUAUUCCCUAUUGCCGCCGCCGCCGCCACCGCCACCGGCAACACAACACCGAUGCCCAACAGCGUGCGCAGGAUCGAUCAAGAAGCGUCGUCGGUCACCAUUGUAUCGUCGCCGUCCGUCACUCCGCAGGCCUCGGAACAGCCUCUGCACACUCCACCACCACCACCACCACCAUCACCACAGCAGCAGCAGCAGCGCCUACCGAGUGAGGAGGCGGAGAAGGCAGCACCCGUGCGGCCUUCUGCCGUAGCAGAAGCCGACUCUGCCUCCGCGCCAGUUCCCACGGCGGCUGCGGCGGUGGUGCCGUCCACUUUGUUCCACGACGCAGACACGACGCUUCCAUCCGUGUCCGACAUCAUGUCCAACGGCGGCAGCAGCAACGAGGCAGAAACCCACCCUGCACCCCUCGAAGACUCCCGAAGGCGUCUAGAGAGUCCCCUCAAGGAUGAAAUACCCCUACGUGCCCGCCUGCGCUCCCCCACACCAGAGGGACCGUCUCUCCCCCGCAAGACCCCGACCCCCACCGCACCGGCUGUUCUCAUCACCUCCCCGUUGGAGCCUCCGCGCCCUUCGCCGACGUCGGUGGACGAGCCGCCGCCGCGCGCGGUGCGAGAGGAAAGCGAACGGUCACAGCCCGGCUCGCAGCCCAAGGACCGCAGCACAACGGCGCGCCCGCCCUCUACCCCACCCGCGCCGUGCUACCACCCGCGCUCUGAACCUGCCGGUCAAGGGCAAGGCGCGAAAGGCACACAUCGCCCCAACGAUGCCCGUCGCGCCGCCAGCAAUGACAGCGACGGUGACGAGGCGACGCUCUUCUUCCAUGAACCCCCUCGUUGUGCGGCGCAGGAGGUGACGCCCGUAGCAGCGGCGGCUGCUCCUCCUCCGCCGACGCGUAGCGCACACGCUGAGGAUGCCGUUCAUCCUACAGAAGCGGCGUCACGUGUGGAGGUGGAUUUGCUGCACGACGAUUUCGUUAUGCCCUCUCGCAACGUCGGUGCCGCUGCUGCUGCGACCGCUCCUCAUGUUGCAGCACGCCUCCCUCCGCCGCCGCCGCCACCUCGGACGCCAACAACACCAACGGAGCAGGCAAAGGAAUCAACGGCGAAGGCCGAAGCGGACGCACCACACGCUUCGGCACAGCCCGCACCAGCGGAAACGGAACUCCCCUCGCAUAGGUUUCCACACGGUGGCAAGGCAGACAAGAAGGCGUCGUCAUCGUCAACAAUGAGUGCCAUCAGCAACAGGGAAAAAAAAGGAGAGAAGGAGCGCUCCAAGUCGCCGCGGUCGCGCCGCCUCAUGGACGACGAUGACGAGCCGUCGCUGCAGUUCUCCGCCCCACCACCGCUGCCCGUGCACCGGUGGCCCCCUCCCCCGAUGCUACCCCGACCUUCCAACAACACCCGCGCAGAGGUGGAGGUGGAGAAAGCCGCAUCUUCUCUUUCUGCAGGAGCUUCUCCGAACUCUUCCUCACUGCACGGCACUUCUGCUAUUCCUACCGACCACGGGUCCUCGACUUCCGCGCAUGUCACGCCUGUCACGCCAGCCGAGCAGCCGCAGGGUGGCGUGCCGGCGUAUCGGCCGCUGCAUCAACCACGUCGUGCGCAGCCCACCGAGGCCGGUCCGAGUCUUUCUCUCGGGGGUGGCGGCGUAGCCCCUCCGCGACUGCAGCGUUCCGCUCCUGCGUUGCCCUCCGCGCCUGCCCCUCUCGCUGGACCCUCCGCGCCAGGAUUUGCGGGCCCACAAGGUAGUCGCCCCGCCGUUGCGAGGCGGGCUUCGCCGUCCUCCUCCAUGGAUCGCCCCCCUGCUGAUGUGACGCCGGCCUUGACAGAACCGCAGCGGCCCUCGAAAUUGAGCCGACCGGAUCCGACCAUCACGCCGUCAUCCACAGCGGCAGUGGCGGCAGUAACCACUGAUGAGCCAGAACCCGCACCGAGAUCCCCCGCGAGGCGCCCCUGGCGGUGGAAGAAUUCGAAGAGGAGGAGGUGGAGGAUGUGGAGGUGCGCAGCGGAACGGUCACGCCGAAGAGAGCCGCCGCUCGUGUCCACACGACGGCGCCUGUCGAUGAAGCGCGGCGUGCGUCGGAGGUGGCGACGGAGCUGGCGGCAGAGGACGACUUGA